AUGACCGGCGAGAGUAGCUCAGGGCGCGCCGCGGAGAUCGCCAAGUCGGUGUUCAUAGAGGACGUGGAUGCGUACAUGCAGGGCAAGCAGGUGGAGAACGUCCUCGUAGAGCUGCAGGAGAGGCUGCGGCGGCUGCGCGGCUACGAGGCCCAGGCGAGCAAUCCAGGCGGCCUUGUCCUCCAGAACCGCAAGCGGUUGCUUGAGAAGCUGCCCGAGAUCAAAAAGUCCCUGGAGGCCGUCGGCGCGCUGCUGGCAAAGAAGGACUCGGGUGACGUCAUCUCGGCUGACUUUGAGCUCACGGACGGCAUCUACGCCAAGGCCCACCUCCAGGUCGGCCGCGUCAGACGCGAGCGCCCGGCCGGACGCUCCACCCUAGUUGUUGAGCGCGGCCAGCACGACGUGGAGAGUGUGGGGCUGUGGCUGGGGGCGGGGGUGAUGUGUGAGUAUCCCCUUGAGGAGGCCCAGGCCCUGCUUGAAGCCAACAAGGCUGCCUGCGAGGCCAACCUCGGAACGGCCGUCGACAACCUCGGACUGCUCAAGGACAGCAUCACCGUCACAGAGGUCAACACGGCGCGCGUUUUCAACUGGGAUGUGGAGCGGCGGCGCGGGCUCAAGGGCGGGGAGCGAUGA